AUGAUGACCCCAGCAACAUGGAAUGGAUCAAGCGAUGGGCAGCUAUCGGUGACAGCUACACGGCUGGAAUCGGUGCUGGACGGCUGGAAUCGGUGCUGGACGGCUGGAAUCGGUGCUGGACGGCCUCUUGGUCACCGGAUCACUGCGGAUGAAGUGGCUAUCAGAGUUCCUGACGGCCUCGAGGAAAUCCGCGACAACUUCAAGUGCUCUCGGUAUGAUAUGGCAUAUCCAAAAGUUAUCGAGGCGCAGUUUGGUGCCCACGUCGAGAAAGAUGGCGGCUUCCAGUAUCUCGCUUGCAGCGGCGAUCGUUCUGAACAGAUAUACCAGCAGGCUAAGGCCCUGAAGGGUAAUCUCGACUUUGUCACAUUUACGUCUGGUGGGAACGAUCUAUGUCUGGCCGGAAUCAUCAAGGACUGCAUAAUGGUACCUUACUUUAAGAACAGCGCCUGUGAAACGGUUCUCGCAAAAGCUCAAGAGAAUGUCAAAUCCAUCAUCACGGAUAACAUCAAGCAGAUUCUGGGUGCGCUCAAUGACAAGGUGAACAAAGACGGCAUAGUUGUAGUCAACGGCUACGCUCAAUUCUUCGACACAUCGUCGAACAACUGUGAAGAGCAGUCGUGGGACAUCCUCUGGUUCCUUCCGUUAGGCGCCUCAUAUCAGGCACUCACGAUCUCUCGUCGUAAGACAUUCAACCAGCUGGUGCUAGACAUCAAUAAAGCCAUCCGAGAUGCUGUAGAUGAGGCUGCAAAAGACGAUGAUAUCAAGUACAUGGUCGGUUACUCCGAGUGGGACCACUGGGUUGCGGAAGAGCUCGAUGCCCAGAUGUGUUCGCCAAGUAGCAAUGGCGACUACCCAGACAAGAACCAGGCGGACAUGCACUUCAUCAAGCCAGACACACAUCCCUGGUGGAAUUGGGGAAAUGAUGUCGGCAGAGACGAGCUGCGCAAGCGUGACAUGGAUCUUGAGGAAUUAAUGAGCUCGACUAGGCUUUCUGACUCACAGAAACGCCAAGUCAACCGCCUUAAAGCUGUCAUGGAGGCCUGUGAUAGGAACAUCGAGGCCACGCUCUAUGACUCGAUUCUCUACAAGUCACCCAGUCCCAAUGCUGCCGUCAAGCACAAGCUCAAUCCCCGAGAUCCCGCACCGCCAGGCUGCCCAGGAGAUGGCGGCGCGGACAUGACUUUUGGCCUGGGCAUGCCAGACCAUAUAGGAGAAAACUUCCACCCCAAUGAAGCCGGUCACCUAAGUAUAGCAUCCUUCGCGCUCGCUGAACUUAUGGACCUACGUUCUAUCAAGCUUGGCGUCGACUCACCGUCCUGCGCCAUCAAAGACGAGUUUACAUGUUUCUCCAGCACCGACAGCAAGUACUACGUCAGCGGUAACCGCACCAACGAGAACUACAAGGAGUUUUGCCAAGAGGUCGCUGACAAGCACCCCUCCAAUACAAUCAAUUGGAGCUACAGCACGCCUUAUGACAAAGGUACUCCCGAGGAGCACGACUACGUCGUCACGCUCGGCAACGGCGUCUCGGCAUUUGACAAGGAUCAAUGUGAGGAGAGCAUGAAGAAGAUUAUCAAUUCGUGCGACACGUCUGACAACCCGAUGAACUGGAAAGGCGGAGGCCGUUACAUCCGUAGCGAAGGAGACUACAAGUACGAGCUCAACCCUAGACGCUCCAAUCGUCCUUGGCCACCGCCCAAGAACCCAUACGGCCGUUGUGAGGGUUGGUACAAAGUCUUCUUUUCCCAAUACGAGGUCGAGGGCGCCGGCUUCUCUACGCUAGACUAUGGGCAGAAGUCCAUGAUGCCGAAUAUGGAUAGCUGCUAUGGGUUGGGGACGACGGCGUGGAAGUUUGAUUACCAUGAUAAUCCGGGGGAUCAUAACGGGUAUGAGUGGAAGGCGUCCUUCAAUACGCCGAUCUGGGUGAGGGCAAGGUGUUGGAAGAAUAAUAAGGUUGUUCAGGCGGCAGGUGGGUGGACGGAUGGAUGCGCGGGGAAUGAUGCGUAG